AUGUUAUCCUUGUUUAGACAGAUGGAAGUUGCCAGACCAGCUGUACCUGAAGGUCUUAAACCACUUAAACGCUUUACUCCUCCACUACCAGACCUUAAGGAAUCAGAGACGGAAUCAGAAUCUGAUGAUGAUGUGAGUGGGGAAGAUGAUAGCGAUGAAGAAUCUUCAAGUAGUGAAACCAAUGGUGAUGUUGUGAAAUCAUCCCUAAAAGUUGAAGACGAAUUUUUGAAAAAUUCUCAAAGCGCAGUAAUGGCCAAAUCAUUGAAAGACAAAUUUGAACACUGGGAACCUGACAAGCAUUCUAUGAAUAAUGCUGUUACAAUGCUUGAUUCUGGACAGGAAAGCAUUGAAUCGACUAAAUCUUUGCGUGCUCGUUUUGAAUCUCUGAAAGGGGAUCGUCCAGCUGAUAAGCCGCUAAGACUUACCGCAAAUAAUUUAGACCUUAUGUUUUGUAUUUCUUGUUUAUGUUCCUCUUUCAUUUCUUCUCGGGAUUUGGUGGUGAUCAACACAAAAAGAAAUGGGAAAACGGACACAUGCAAUAGGCUCUUCAACUCGCCGCCGUCACCGCCGACUCGACAGCUGAUUAGUGUAUUAUUAUACUAG